AUGGCCAAACGUACCUUCUCCACAUUAGAAACAUUCCUGAUUUUCCUCCUUGUGAUGAUGACGGCAGUCACGGUGGCCCUUCUCAGCCUUUUGUUUGUCACCAGUGGGACCAUAGAAAAUCACAAAGAUUCAGGUUUUCCAGCAACCCAGGGACCUCUGGCCACCCAGAUCUCUUCAGCCAAUCAGGGCUCUACAGCCUUUCAAGGCUCAACACUCACCCAGGAACCCACGACCAUCCAAAUGUCUCCCAUGAUGACGACCCCUGAGCCGCCUCUAUUUCAGAACUUUACUGGCUACCAUAUUGGUGUUGGGCGAGCUGACUGCACAGGACAAGUAGGCGAUAUCAAUUUGAUGGGCUACGGCAAAAGUGGCCAGAAUGCACAGGGCCUCCUUACCAGGCUGUACAGUCGUGCUUUCAUCAUGGCAGAACCCGAUGGGUCAAAUCGAAUGGUGUUUGUCAGCAUCGACAUAGGCAUGGUAUCCCAACGACUGAGGCUGGAGGUGCUGAACAGACUGCACAAUAAAUAUGGCUCCCUGUACAGAAGAGACAACGUUAUCCUGAGUGGCACUCAUACACACUCAGCUCCAGCAGGAUAUUUCCAGUAUACUGUGUUUGUAAUUGCCAGUGAAGGAUUUAGCAAUCGUACUUUUGAGUACAUGGUCACUGGCAUCAUGAAGAGCAUUGAGAUGGCACACACAAAUAUGAAACCAGGCAAAAUCUUCUUUAAUAAAGGAAAUGUGGAUGGUGCACAUAUCAACCGAAGUCCUUAUUCUUACCUUCAGAAUCCACAGUCAGAGAGAGCAAGGUAUUCUUCAAAUACAGACAAGGAAAUGGCAGUCUUGAAGAUGGAAGAUUUGAAUGGAGAUGACCUGGGCGUUAUCAGCUGGUUUGCCAUCCACCCCGUCAGCAUGAACAACAGCAAUCAUCUUGUAAAUAGUGAUAAUAUGGGCUAUGCAUCUUACCUUUUUGAGCAAGAGAAAAACAAAGGAUAUCUGCCUGGACAGGGACCAUUUGUAGCAGCUUUUGCUUCAUCGAACUUAGGUGAUGUGUCUCCCAAUAUCCUUGGCCCACGUUGCAUCAACACCGGGGAGUCUUGCGAUAAUGCCAAUAGCACUUGUCCCAUUGGUGGGUCUACCAUGUGCAUGGCUAUGGGACCUGGACAGGAUAUGCUAGAAAGCACGCAAAUUAUAGGACGGAUCCUAUAUCAGGAAGCAAAGGAACUAUAUGCCUCCGCAUCCCAAGAGGUAACUGGACCACUAACUUCGGCUCAUCAGUGGGUGAAUAUGACGGAUGUCACUGUCUUGCUCAAUGCCACACACACAGCAAAAACAUGUAAACCAGCACUGGGCUACAGUUUCGCCGCUGGCACAAUCGAUGGAGCUGGUAGCCUCAAUUUUACGCAGGGAAUGACAGUAUCGGAUCCAUUUUGGGACACUCUUCGGGAUCAGCUCCUAGGCAAGCCAUCUGAGGAAAUCAAAGAAUGUCAUAAACCAAAGCCAGUCCUUAUUCACACUGGAGAGCUAUCAAAUCCUCACCCUUGGCACCCAGAUAUUGUCGAUGUUCAGAUUAUUACUCUUGGGUCCUUGGCCAUAGUUGCCAUGCCUGGUGAGCUUACGACCAUGUCUGGACGAAGACUUCGGGAGGCAGUUAAAGCAGAGUUUGCAACUUAUGGAAUGAAGAAUAUGACUGUUGUUAUUUCGGGUUUAUGCAACGUAUAUACGCAUUACAUUACCACCUAUGAAGAAUACCAGGUUCAGCGGUAUGAGGCAGCAUCAACAAUUUAUGGACCACACACUCUGUCUGCUUACAUCCAGCUCUUCAGAGUUCUUGCUAAGGCCAUUGCUACGGACACAGUAGCCAACCUGAGCACAGGACCUGAGCCUCCAUUUUUCAAACAACUGAUAAUCCCAAUAAUUCCUAAUAUUGCGGAUAGAGCACCUAUAGGCAAGACUUUUGGGGAUGUCCUACAGCCAGCGAAUCCUACAUACAGAGUGGGAGAAGUUGCUGAAGUUAUAUUUGUAGGUGCUAACCCAAAGAAUUCAGCAGAAAACUGGACCCAUCAGACUUUCCUCACUGUGGAGAAAUAUGAGGCAACUUCAGCAACAUGGCAGAUAAUGCAUAAUGAUGCCUCCUGGGAGACUCGUUUCUAUUGGCACAAGGGAUUACUGGGUCUUAGCAAUGCAACGAUACAAUGGCAUAUCCCAGAUACUGCCCAGCCUGGAAUCUACAGAAUAAGAUACUUUGGACACAGUCGGAAGCAGGACUUUCUCAAGCCCGCUGUCAUACUUUCAUUUGAAAGCACUUCUUCCGUUUUUGAAGUUGUAACUACUUAG